AUGUCAGAACACCUUGCCGCGCCUCGCAUCACCGCAUCCAACCUAGAUGCCUUUGUCAACAAGCACGUCAGCAUCGUUGGCAAGGUCACCCAGCUGCGCGGUGAGCAAGCCACCAUUGACGCCGACGGCAACGUCACCAUUCUCCUGAAUCGGGAAGCGCACCUCACCAACGGCAACGCCGCCCUCUUCAUCGGCAAGGUCAACCCGGACCUCUCCAUCAAGGCCCUGAGCUCCCGCGACGUCGGCGCCAACAUUGACAUGGGUCUCUGCUCCCGCGUCGCCGAGGUCGCUCAGUGCCACAAGGCCCUCUUUGGCGGCACGGAUAACUGA